GGGAAUGCUGCUCUGGAACCUUCCGGGAGCGUAUAUAAAGGCAGGUGGUCUCAGAGGAAGGGACACACAGCAAUCCUAACAAGAAGUGAACACGGGACCCUAACGUCUGCAAAGGAUUUUCCAACAACGCGUCUUCUUUUUCGAUUUCUUAACCCUGAAACUCGCACAGGAUGCUCUGCCCCAGCGUGUUCCAGCCCUCCCAGGUCAACAUGGGCCUCAUGCCCAUCAUGGACCUGCACUGGCCCAUCCGCAGCCUGUGGCCCGAGACCAGGCCCAUCUUCUACCAGAUGGAGCAGGAGAUGUUCCGCCACAUGCAGGAGAUGAGGCACAACAUGGAGUUUAUGGAUCGCCUUCACCAGAAGAUCUUCGAGGAGAUCGAGCAGUCUCACUCUUCCUUGAGCUCCUCCUCGUCCUCGCCCGUCUACAAGCCCAUCGCCUUCCAGGUGGGAAAGGACAGCGGCAACUUUGCCCUCAGCCUGGACACCAAGGACUUCUCCCCGGAGGAGUUGUCCGUCAAACAGGUGGGCCGCAAGCUGCGGGUCAGCGGCAAGACGGAGCGGAAGCAGGACGACGGAAAGGGCUCCUUCUCCUACCGUUGCCAGGAGUUCAGGCAGGAGUUUGACGUGCCAGAGGGGGUGGACCCCGACAACAUCACCUGCUCCCUGGCGGCGGGACAGCUGCAGAUCCACGCCCCCCGCGAGAGUAUCGGCGAUGGGAAGGAGAGAGUGGUGCCCAUCCAGUUCACCCCGGCCAUCACCUCCUCACAGAAGGACGAGGGAGCCGCCAGCCCCAGCCCAGCCUCCACAGAGACCUCAGCCAAGGCGGACUGAAAACGGACCCUGAACACCUUUUUUUUGUCGAUUGUCAUUGUUUUAGUUUGUUGUCAUCAUAACCUAGCUGGCUCUGGAAAUGAUUCCACUCCAUAAACCCCCUGGUAUGGUUUGGUAAUAAAUAGACAUUGAAACCGCGCCCAUAUCACUGUUUAAUGGUGUGUUUUUCCUUCUGUAGAGGCCAAAAUAUGUUCGGACCUAUUGCCUCUAACUCUGUCAAAACAAUUCUAGCAAAGGCAGGAUUAGGUGGUAAAUACCUUUUGGGUCCACAGAUACUAUCCUUUACUAUGAUAUUAUGUAUUUACAAACUAAAUGAAAACUGAACUAAAGUAUAAACUGAACGGUAUUAUGAAGUGAGGAAGCAUUUCCUUACACAUUUAUUUUGGAGAAUAAACCUUUUUUUGUAAAUUACUUUUUACCUUGUUUACAAUGUGUUAUAGUGUAUAGUUAUGUUCGGUUCUGUUCGGUUCUGUCCUGUUCUGGACACACAGUUGUUUCACUAUAACUGGUGGUAGUGCAUUGGAUAUAAUAAGUAACUUAUUUAUCAACAUCAGAUGCCACGUUCAGAGGCUAAGCGUCUAUACGCGACUAUUGCUGUUGUCUGAUCAACAUUCAAUGAUAACAGCAACACCCUUGCUAUCAUUAUUGUUUGACCUCAUUCUGAGUUUAUGUACACGACACUGAAGGUGUAAAAUAUCGUGUAAGGUGCUGAAAGGCAGAGGCAGAAGGGCUAAUAUAUUUAUGCGCAUUGGCACCAUCUAGCGGUUACCAAGAUAACUUCACCCAUGACAUCAAACCUGAAACAGUUUCAUACACCUCCAGCAGAUUGAGCCUCAAAAUGCAUGCUUCAGUGUUUGAAGUGGAUAAAACAGUGGUCCAAACCACAGGGGUGGAUCAGUGGUUCUUUUCCACUGCAAGUAUUGUAGGCUACAUGUAUUGUAGACUAUUGUAGACUACUAGUUGACCUUGCCUCAGCCUAACCGCAUAGAUUGGCUAGGGAUUAUAGCCUAUAAUAUUGGCCUACCCCCUGAUUGUCCGAGUCGAAGCAAGCAACAGACUUUACGUAAUAUCCAAUGCAGCUGGAUUUCAUUGCUGCAAAGCAUUACAGCACAGCAGAGGAAACACGGGAAAAUCCAAUUUUAUCACCAUGAAAAUCCAGUUAUUUAAUUUACAGAACACCUGGCACGGCUCUCUGGCGCUAUGGAUCCAAGGAGGGCAACCCGGGACAGAUUAAAACCUAGUCGUAAAACCUUCAUCUUCUUCUGCGUGAGAUCGGCCGAUGUGUUUGGCCUGGGAGGGAUUGUUUCCGCACCUGUCUCUCUGUCUGCCUCACCCAGAACCUCUGCCAGCAGGAUGGAGCAUCCCCAUGGCAACCCACGGUGACCUCAUCCAGACUUAUUGAUCCAACGACAGCAAGCAACGGUCGGCCAGGGAGCGCCCUGGCUGAACCCGUGUAGACCCAGCAAACACACAUCUUGCGUAACGUAUCUAAAGUAAUAAAUGGUUGACAGUUGUCCUACAGGGGGAGAUGUUGUGCCAAAGUCAACCUUGAGGGGUCGCUGGUGGGGGGGAAAAAAG